AUGGAGGCCGAGGAUCCGCUUGCUGCAGACUCUGUCUCCUCACCUGCUGCUGCUGCUGAUGCACAGAGUGACCCUGGCGAUAGCGGUAGCAGCAGAAGCCGCAGCAACAGCAGAAGCCGCAGCAGAACCAGAAGCCUCAGCAGCAGCAGCAGCAGCAUUAGCAGAAGCUGCAGCAACAGUUCCGUCGGCAGCAGUUUUCCUUCUGCCUCAGAUCCCAGCAGCUCGGACGAGGCGGACCGCCCCCAAAACGCAGACAGCAGCAGCAGCAGCAGCAACAGCAGCAGCAGCAGCAGCAGCAGCAGCAGCUGGCUGUGCGUGCCUCGUGGUUUUUACUGUGUUUAUCUGCUGCAGUCCAUCAACUCCCCGCAGCACUUCUACGUUGGCUGCACCACAAACCCCCAGCGCCGCCUCAGACAGCACAACGGAGAAAUCAUACAGGGAGCUCGACGCACUUCAUGCAACACGGGGGCCGUCUGCAGCUGCAGCAGCUGCAGCAGCUGCGCAGCAAAGCGCAAGCAGCAGCGGAGGGAGCGCCGCCAACAAGCCGGUGCCGCAGACAGCAUUGCUGCUGCUGCUGCUGCUGCAACAGCAGGAGCAGCAGCAGCCGGUGUCAUAACAGCAACAGCAGCAGCAGCUGCUGCUGCUGCUGCAGAUUGGGAGUUACUGAAUCAGCAGGCAGCAGCAGCAGACGACUCGCGCUGCUGCCGCGUCCCCUUUGUGCUGCGGAGACGCCGCAGCAAGCAGCCGCAGCAGCGGCUCGAAGCAGAGCUGCAGCAGGCGCUGCUGCUGCUGCACAGCGACCCCUUCAGCCGUCUCCCGCUGCAGCUGCGCUGCUGCUACCCUGACGUUGCAGAUGCCCUGCAGGAUUUGCUGCUGUACCCCUGCUGCGGGGGAGGAGCAACAAAACAGCUCACCAGAAACAGCAGCAGCAGCAGCAACAGCAGCAAAAGCAGCAGCAGCAGCAGCAGGAGACCCUUGACCCGGCUGCCCCCGCAGGUGACUGUCAGCAGCGGGCCCCUGACCUCCGUCGGCCUGCAGCCCCCUGGCCUGCGCGUUGCUGCCUUCACUGAACGCAGCAGCAGCAGCAGCAGCAGCAACGGCAGCAAUGGCAGCAACUGCAGCAGCAGCAGCGGCAGCGGUGAUAAAAGCAGCAACAACAGCGGAUGCAUAUGUUGCUUUGGUGAUGCUACGCCCCCACAGGUGCAGCAGCUCAGCGCCGACAGCAGCAGCAACUCCGGCUGCUUCAGGCAGCUUUCCCCUAAGGAAACAGCAGCAGCACCAGCAGCAACAGCUGCUGCUGCUGCUGCUGCUGCUGCUGAGAGGGAUUCUUGUGUUUCGUGUCAGUUGCCAUUUGAAGAGAGGGAAAGAGCUGUCUGCUGCCCUCAAUGCGGGGUGUACGUACACCUGACGUGCGCGGGUCGCUUCGCGCUGCAGCAGGAAGCAGCAGCAAGACAGCAGCAGCGGCGUGCUGCAGCACUAUCGACUCCAGCAGCAGCAGCAGCAGCAGCAGCAGAAGCAGCAGCAGCAAGUGAUGAUGAUGACGAGGUGUAUCGAUUGGUUCCAUCGUACUGGUGGUGCUGCGCAUGCAGCCGCAGAGUCUUUUGGGGCUUUAUCUUAAACCACUUAUAUGAGCGGUGCAGCAGCAGCGCGCAGGCAGCUGCAGCAGCAGCAGCAAAACCAGCAGCAGCAGCUACAGCAGCAGCAGCAACUGCGGCUGCUGCUGCUGCUGCUGCUGUUCCUGAUACUGCUGCAUCCGCUGAUGCUGAUGAGCAAACUGGCGCCUCCUUCGAGGCUGGCGGAGGAAACCCAGCAACAACAGCAGCAACAACAGCAGCACUAGCAGCAAUAGUACCAGUAGCAGCAGCAGCAGCAGCAGUGCAGCAGCAGCAUCUCAACGAGUUGCAGCUGUUCAGAGGAAACGCAAAG